AUGCCGCGAAUGAGCCAAAGUCACGUCUUUCCCGGGGGUAAAGCUCGCUAUAUCAGUUGCAUUUUGGGCUCCAACGAGGCCGCCUCCGAUGAUUGCAAUUUUGUUAGCUUGCUGAAUUCAGGUUUGAGAACAUUGCAGCUCUACACAGGCGUCAGCCUUGUCUAUUGGCGAUGCUUUCGAAGGAGGCGGCUGCUAUGUGCCAGUAGCUAUGGCAAAAUAUUCGUAGUUGAUCGUUUCACCAGCGCGCACAUGAUGGCGAAGAAUUCCCGCCGGGCCAAAGCCGGAAAUGCUAUCAUAAAGUAUGGAUGCUUUGUGCUCCUUGCGUGGCACAAUCCCAAAUCGUGGAAAGGAGAACAGAUGGUUGAUAUGGCUGUACCUUUCGGUUAUGAUGAUAGCUCUGCAACCGGUAGGGAGCGUUCGCUCAGCCGUCACGCCAGAUAUAUUCUUGCAUAUGAGCCACCGAUUAUCGCAAUGUUUUUGGCGUUCUCUGUGUCAUAG